AUGUCGGAGACGCAGCGAGCGUUUGUCAAGCGUAUAACACAUGAGACACAAGUACAAAUUGCUUUGGCGCUGAAUGGUGGGCCUUUGGAAAUAGGACAGUCGAUUCUAGGGGGAGCGAAGACUACAGUGGCUCACCAAGCAUCCUCGUCUCAAGUAAUUAAUGUACAGACGGGAGUAGGGUUCCUGGACCAUAUGAUUCAUGCACUGGCAAAGCACAGUGGGUGGUCACUGAUUGUCGAAUGCGUUGGGGAUUUGCACAUAGACGACCAUCAUACGACAGAAGACUGUGGUCUAGCCCUUGGUCAGGCACUACGGGAAGCUAUUGGCCAGGUAAGAGGCGUGAAGCGGUUUGGGACCGGGUUUGCCCCGCUUGAUGAGGCCCUCAGCCGAGCUGUUGUUGAUCUGUCGAACCGGCCAUAUGCAGUAGUUGAUUUGGGGCUACGGCGUGAAAAGAUCGGGGACCUGUCUACGGAGAUGAUACCGCACUUUCUGCAGUCUUUUGCUGAGUCUGCCCGCGUAACACUCCAUGUUGACUGUCUGCGGGGAACAAACGAUCACCAUCGUAGCGAAAGCGCUUUCAAGGCGGUGGCAGUGGCCUUGCGGGAUGCGCUAACGCGGACUGGAACGGACGACGUGCCAUCAACCAAAGGAGUUCUCAUGUGA